UGAGCACAUCCCGGCUCCCCCUCAUAAACCCAGCGCAUUGGAAGCGUCCGCGGGCCUGUGACAGAGACCUGUCCGCCACAACUUCUAGCGGCCCCACCUUAACAAGCCCCUGCCGCGCCUGCGCUGUAACGUCUUCCCUUGUGACUCUGUCGUGCCCGCGCCUAGUUACGUCAUCACGUCGGCCAGCAGUCUGCUCCGAUUUCGGCAGUGUGCGCGCCCCCGACCGAUGAGGACGCGCACGUAGCUGUCGUGGCCGAGCUUCAGCCGGGCGGUUCUUCUGCUGCCAGAAGCCGGAGUUCGAGUGAGGUAAUAACGGCCGCCGCCCGAGGGAGGGACGGAGACCCAGACAUCGGCCCGGAGAGCAGCCAGCUGCUUCCCGAAAGUCUUCAGAGCGGCGAGCAGCGGCCCAGCACGGCCAGGCUAGAGUGAUGGCAGCCAUUCGUAAGAAACUUGUGAUCGUCGGCGAUGGAGCCUGCGGAAAGACGUGUCUGCUGAUCGUCUUCAGUAAAGACCAGUUCCCGGAGGUCUACGUGCCCACCGUGUUCGAGAACUACGUGGCUGAUAUUGAAGUGGACGGGAAGCAGGUGGAGUUGGCCCUGUGGGACACGGCCGGACAGGAAGACUACGACAGGCUGCGGCCUCUGUCCUAUCCAGACACAGACGUUAUAUUAAUGUGCUUCUCCAUCGACAGCCCCGAUAGUUUAGAAAAUAUCCCUGAGAAAUGGACGCCUGAAGUGAAGCACUUCUGCCCCAACGUGCCCAUUAUCCUGGUCGGAAACAAGAAGGACCUGCGCAAUGACGAGCACACCCGCCGGGAGCUGACCAAGAUGAAGCAGGAGCCGGUGAAACCUGAAGAAGGACGUGAUAUGGCCAACCGGAUCUCCGCCUACGGCUACAUGGAGUGCUCGGCAAAGACAAAGGACGGCGUCCGGGAAGUGUUUGAGCUGGCCACACGGGCCGCCCUGCAAGCCAGACGUGGCAAGAAGAAAACUACGUGCCUUCUGAUCUAAGGGAUCCCGCACCCCCUGUUGGGCAGGACGCCAGCGCCCCCUGCCCCAGGAAACCCCCCUGUGGGGCAGGACGCCAGCGCCCCUGCCCUGGACCCCCACGUGAUGUUUCUUAUCUCUCGAGUGUUCUUCCGGCCUCUGUCUUUUCCAUUUCUUCUGUAAUGAGAUUUUAUAAAGACGUCGUCUCGCUCCCAGUAUUUAAAGUCUCCUUUAUAUAUAACUCUAUGUAACGUCACUGUUAGCGGCAGACUAACGCUACAUUCCAUGUCACCAGGGCGCGAACGCCUCCCCGCCGUCUGGACAGUGUCCUCACUUAGUUGCCCCCUGGAUACCGCACCCUUCACAGGCGCUCACGCCCAUGGGCGGUGUAGCACUACAGAAGUUGCGUUCCCCUUUUGAAUUGUGGCGAAAUGCAGCCGAUGGAUAUCAAUUGCGUACUGUGGUUCACCUGCAUCAAAGGAGUUCCCCGGCAGCGAGAGGGUUAAUGUGCGAGGCUCAUCGUCUGGUCGGUUAUCAUUUUUUAUGUGGCAUUGGUAAAUAAAAUAAAUUUCUGUA